AUGUCGACUCGCCGCUAUCGUUCGGCUAUUGCUUGUCAAACCUGCCGGGUGCGCAAGGUUCGAUGUAGCGUGUCUAUGACCGGGGUGCCGUGUAUUAGCUGCGAGCAGGACCAAACGGAAUGCAUCUUAAAGCCAAGACAGGGCAAACGUCCGGGGGGCGACGUUGCGCCACUACAAGAUACACAAGCACCAUUAGACACGCCUGAUACUAAAGUUUCAGCCGCAUCCAGUGAACCAAGUGCUGCUGAAGAAGAACAGCUCGGUGUCGAAAUGGUAGAAGUGGCCUUGGGACAUCCACGAAGAGAGUGCCAAGUCCCAUACUACAUCGGUGAGCAGACUGGGGGGCCUACCUCUACUAUGCAUAUAUGCACAACGGAUCACCUCAUACCAAAACAUCUCCUCAUGCCAGCAGCAAAGCAAACCAUCUUAACCGAAGAUGAAAAAACCUUUCUCCGCCGCAAAGGCGUCUAUUCAUUUUUAUCAGAAACAGCAAGUGAUAGUCUGAUUCGGGCAUAUUUUCACAAUGUCCACCCAAUCAUGCCCAUCUUGGAAGCGGACAAGCUCCUGGAAUAUCACCGCUCUAAACGACUUCAGGAUUAUAACCUUAUACUUCUAUGGGGUCUUUAUACUAUCUCUUCCAAUUACAUACCCGCAGAGAUAUACGAGAAUGAGGGCUUUGCAUCUCGGAAAGCUUUCAAGGCUGAGAUGUUUGCUCGUGCAGUUAAGAAUAACCUUGUUCUUCUACAAGGAGCGCUGCUACUAGGUUUCUGGAAUUCGGACAUAGAAGAUCAUAUGCAACCAUGGCAGUGGAGUGGCCGAGCUAUCAACUUAUGCCAUGUUCUCGGCCUUCACCGCGAUAUUGACGCUAUCGGAUACAACACAUCCAUAACCGAACGGCAGCGCUCCCUAUUUCGCAGACUGUGGUGGACAUGCUUCUGGCGAGACCGUUGGCUUUCUGUGUCCCUUGGAAGGCCCCUACGAAUAAAUCUUGAUGAAUCUGACACUCCUGAUCCGUUGGUCUCGGACAUUGCUGUGGACCUGGAAGGUAUACCAGAGUCUGUGACUUCGGCUUAUUUUCCGAGGGACCUGCCGCGAUUGGCAGAAUACUGGAUUCAGCUGAUACAAAUGACGAAAUUGCUGGGCAAGACUCUCAUGACAUGCUACCAGCUGCGACGACCAAAACCAACAAUCAACCAGAUUGAUACCCUCGAGGCGGAGUUGAUGCGCUUUAAUAUGCCGGAACACCCAGACCCUAGUCUGUCUCGGCUGGCAACCUUUUAUUACUACCAUUUGCAGCUUCACUAUCAAGCCAUCUUGGUCACAUUUUACCGACCUUGUAGUGUAGAGGCUCCUUCAGAUCUUCCUUCAUACCGCCAGAGAGAAUGGCAGCAGGAAAUGCAAGGGAAAGCAAUGUCCGCUGCAUCAAAGACUUGUAACAUUGUCUAUUCUCUCGCCCAGGGCAACUUCUUUUCUUAUGCUGGGCCAAUGACACCUACUCUUUUGGUCCCGGCAAUGCAAGUCUACCUCCUCAAUUGCAAAUUCGGCGACGCUCUUUCAAGAAGGCUCGGCUUAAACAUGCUGAACAUGUGCAUGAUGAUCUUGGAAGAGCUGCAAAAGACCUAUUCAGUCGCUUCCGUGUGCCGAGGUAUAUUCGGCAAGGCUAUACAGCAGCUCUUCCCUGACGACGCCGCCAGCAUUUCUUUGAACCAUUCUCUUACCGAGCAAACCGUAACGCCGGUGGCGGAGCUAAUGCCCCCUCCGACAUCUAUCCCGGAUACUGCUCUUCAGCUGGAGCUUUUCGGUGCCAAUGCCACCAAGGCAGAUUUUAUUGAUGCUCUUACAGCUGAGGCAUCCAUUUUCAGCUUUGUCGAUAUGUUGAAUUUCACAUGA